AUGGGGAUACAGCAGCAGGUGACGCAGCAACAGGAGCAGCAGCAGCAGCAAGUGUACCAGCAGCAGCUGCUGGUGCAGCAGCAACAGCAACAGCAACAGCAACAGCAGCAGCUGUUGCUGCAGCAACCGUCAUACGGUGCAGGAGCAACAACAAGCUUUGAUAGUAGCAACCUGUCUCGGCUGCAACAGCAGCUGCAGCAGCAACAACUGCAGCAGCAGCAACUGCAGCAACAGCAGCUACAGCAACAGCAGCAACUGCAUCAACAACAGCUACAGCACCAACAGCAGCAGCACCAAAGACUGCAGCAGCAGCAGCUGCAACAGCAGCAAUUGCAACAGCAAGUGCAGCAGCAACAGCUGCUCCAGCAGCAACAGCUCUUUCAACAGCAACAGCUGCUGCAGCAACAGCAGCGUCAGCAACAGCAACUGGAGCAGCAACAGCAGCAGCAGCAGCAACAGCAGUCGUUCACAUGGUCACAGCUGCCGUCUCAACAGCAGCAGCAGCCGCUGCAGCAACAGCAGCAGCAGCAGCAGCUGCUGCAGCGGUCGUCUGGUUCUGGUCUAGAGCAGCAGCGCAGCAGCACCACUGCAGGUGACAGCAGCAACCAGUGGGGCCUCCACCGCAGCGAGAGUCUGCUGCAGGCGCUGCAGGGGGCCCCCGGGGAUUCCUCUGUAUUACGCAGCAGCAAAUUUGAUGCUGUUGGUGAGCAGCAGGGGCAGCUGAAGGUGCAGGUGGGGAGACAUGUAAAAAACAAAGAAAAAACAGGCAGAGACAGCGACAAGUAUGCAAGAGAUACACCACAGAUAGGAAGAAGAGACUCAUCAUACACCUCAGCUGCUGCUGCUGCUCCUGCUGCUGCUCCUGUUGCUGCUGCUGCUGCUCCUGCUGCUGCUGCGGCCAAUUCAAAGAGGGUGCAAAGCGAUCAGACAAACAAAAAAAGCACAUGGGGACUCUCCAGGAGAAAAAAAAAAAAUAAGAAUGACUAA